AUGUCGAAAGCUUCCCAAAAGCGGAAGGCAGCCCAUGGCACUGCAAAUGAAGUUUGCCACGACACUUUAGGUCUACACAGUGUUUCUGAUGAUUCCAGACGAAAAAUCUACAACGCCACCUGCAGGGCUUUGAACAAAGAAGAACACUGUCUGGAAGCCAAACCAUGGAAACAAAUUUCAGAAAAUGUUUUAGCAGAUGUCUUCUACCCGGUGGAGUUGCCUAGCGUGCACGAUGAAGGCAGCGUGACAUUCUUCAUGGGUGAUGUUCGAAAAUCUUUGCAAACUGUGAUGGAUCAAUGUCCAAAUUACCGACAACAGGUCGAAAAAGUUUUGAUCAGUCAUCUUGGCCUUGUAUUUGAUGUUUUGCUUUACAAUGAUGAAGCAAGUGGAGGUAACAUCCUCAAUCCCAAUGCUUCGAAGAAGGUAUCACUGUGGUACUACUCUCUGGUACAAAUCGGUUUCCUCUUCAGUGACUGUGUGUGGAUGCCGCUCUGCCUACUACAGCACUCAAACUUCGAUCAAAUCAAAGGUGGCUUUGCGGCUUUUGCCGCCAAAGUAAUCCGAGAGCUGAUGAGCCAAGACUUGGACAAAGGAUUCCCUGUUACUUUUAGCUACGGUUUGGGGCUGCUUCGUCUUGACCUCAAGUACAUGCUGAGUGAUUUGGACUCGAUCAGGGGGGCCUUGGAUGCAAAAGGCUCGGCUGGGAUCAGAUGUUGCCUUCACUGCAAAAACGCCAUCAAAAGGGGUACAAACCUCUCGGAGUACAAUAGUUUUUUUCAAGACAUUUCGAACCACGAUCUUUCUGCGUUUCAUGAACAAACAGAUGCUGAUAUUUUUGCCAUUGUCGAUGGCUUGGUGCUUCAAGCGCCAAACCUUGGGAAAACCGCCUUGCAAAAAAAAGAAACAGCUUGUGGUUUUAACCACAACCCUCAUGGCUUGCUAUGUGACCACUUUGGUCGGGAGAUCCUGCCGCCUUCUUCCUUUUUGCUGGACACGAUGCAUCUAUACUACAGUAAUGGUAUAGCAUCUUGGGAAGUGGUUCAAAUGUAUGGUGCCUGGAAGGAGUUUCGUUUGGGUGACUUGCCAGCGUUUUUAGACCUUGAUUGGAAAACCUCUUUGCAAAGUAGCUGCGCUCCAUCGUGGCGCAAAGAGUUGGGUCAUGAGUCCAUGUUUGCGAGCAGCAGCUACAAGGGUAGCGCUUCCAACCUUAUGGCCUUUGUCCCCUUGUUCCACUACUUUUUGACUCGGGUUCUUGCCUGCCGUCUCAGGAUUGGAGAUUUACAAAAGGAACUGGCUUGUUUCAGCAAGCUACGAGAAGUGCUCAUGGAACUCAGGCAUCUUCAAAAUGCUGAUUGCGAUGGUCCAGCAGUUGACAAGUUUCAAAGCCUGCAAGUGGAACACCAAGAGUUACUGGUGUUGGCAUAUGGGAAGGAAGUCGUGAAACCGAAGCACCAUUGUCGUUUUCAUCAAGCCGUGCAAAUGAAAAGAACAGGCUGGCACGUCGAUGCGUUUGCAACAGAGAAGAAACACCGAAUGUACAAAAGCCACAUCGGGUUGCACAGGUUCGACCCCUGGUGUCAGAGUGACAAGGGAACAUUCUCUCAACUAGUUCUCAGGGCCAUUUGGCAGCAUCACGUUCCUUCACUGAAACAUUUUGAGUUUGGCACUACUUUGCAGGGACCAACUUCGUCUGAGCCAACAAUUGCCAAGAUUCUCAACAAGAGCUGGUGCAAAACCAGCUGCAAAAUGGUUCAUCGUGGUCGAACCUUGGAGAAGGAUCACAUUUUGUUGGGACAACACCCUGGCAUCAUUGUUCUGGCUGCCGAAACCGAUGCUGGAUUCUACAUCUUGCUGGAGGAGCUUGAGAGACAGCUGGCAAAGAGCAAUUUUGACUUGGACAGUCAGGAUUUGCAAACACUAGCACUGGCAUUAGAAUGCAAGAGCCACAAAGCAACCUCUGAUGUCAAUGAGCCUAAGGAGAUGAAGGCACCUGAUGAAACACAAGUAACACCCAAGAAAAAGCGACCUGCCAAGUCAAAGUCCAAAAAGGCAGCAAAGGUUAAAAAGGUACCAAAGUCACAAGCAAAGGCAAAGUCAACACCAAAGGCAGCACCCAAAGCAGCUGGCAGCAACAAGCCAAAGCAUACAGAUGAGCAGUCAGAGCAGGAGCAGAAGAAGGAACCCCCAAAAAAGAAAGGAAAGGAAACUUUGAAGGACCAAGCAAUGAAAUGGGUUGACAAUUUAGACAAGCCAGAAGAUGAAGAGAAGGACAAUACCACAGAGGCAAAGGCUGAAGAGAGAGACAGGCAGAAGGCACAAAAGUUUAGAAAGCUUGAGAAAGCAGGUGCUUUGCCUGCAGAAGUGAAGGAGGCCUUUGAUGCAGCUGAAAAAAGCCAAAACCCAAGAGCCAACAAAACUCAGCUCAUCAACAGCCUUUUCAGAAAAGAGGGCAACAACUUUGUGAUGGUUCCCAAAGACCCUGCCUUCAAAAGGGUUCAAAAGCUGUUGGAUGUGAAGUAUGGAAAGGAAGAGGCACAAAGUUUCCCCUGGUCCAUCAUGCUCUAUGACAAGUUUGGUGGCAACGAAAGUGCACUAGAGAAAGCUUUACAGUGUGGGGAUGUUGUUGUGACCAGCUACCAGGGAAAGGACUAUUGUAGCUACAGCACUUUGAAGUCAGGCAGGAUGAAAAGUUUGGGUGAUGAAAGUGAAUUGAAUGAUGGCCAGCACAGCUUGGAUGAAAGCUCUCACCAAGUCAUUUCUGACUGGUUCAAGAGCUUGAAUGUUGGCUCACUGCAGCAGCAAGUGGAGGACUCAGCAGAAGCAGCAGGAGACACAGUUCUAGUUUUAACAAAGCCAAAGACUCAAGAAGUUGACUGGAACCAUGUUGAGAAGGUGUUGCAGUCAGCAAAGGCUGCUCAGGAAAAGUUGAUCAGGGAUGGCAUGAAGUUGAAGGAACAGGUGUUGGCAGCAAAGGAUCAGGACUUACUUGACACCUUCAAGGGCAGCCUCAAGGAUUUGCAGGACAAUGACAAGGAUUUGGACCACUGUUUGCUGUGGAAGGUCUGCUGGUUUGGUGUGAGGGAAUUACCUGGAGGCAAGAAAUGGGAUGUCGCGAGUGGAAAGGAUUGGAUGACAAACCUGGCCAAGCAAACCCAAAAGGCCAAUGAGAAGAUUGAAGGAGUGAAAACAACUCUCAAGGAUGACUUAGAACAGUACACACAAAAGGUAGAAUUACUGAGUGAGAUAUGGCCUGCAACAAAGAUCAAUGAGUUGAUCACCCGUCUCAUUCUGAAUACGAAUGGAACUGCCUUUCAGAAACUUCAGUUGAACAAGUCUCAGCUGAUGACAAAUGACAAGAAGGGAGUGCAACAACUGGUUCAGCUCCUUGGCGGCCAGUGGGGAAAAGUCAAUUUGGAGAAAAAGUAUGACAUCGUGGAGAGAGCACUUUUCCGCUGCCUUCAGAAACAAGAUGAAUCCAACGAUUCUUUCCUAGCCCGUUGUGACGUUGUUUGGUCUCAACUUCUAGCCAAGAAGGUGCAGUUGGAAGAAAUCCAAUCGUACAUAGUCCUCCGAGGGUCUCGUUUGAGCACAGAGGAUAAGAAACGUGUCAUUGUCGAGAGUGAAUCAUCGUCAAGUGGAGCUCUGAACAUGGAGAAGGUCACACAAUCUGUUCGCAUGCUUGGCACUUCAUUUUUCUAUGAGAUGAUUGGUCAAAAGGCCUCCAAGGGCAAGAUUUAUGAAUCCCAAGUGAUGCUAGCUGAAGAUCAAGAUGACUUUCAACAUGAUGGGUCUGCAUACGUAACUGAUGAAUAUACCGAGGAUGAGUUUGUAAGUCAGUUACUGCAAGAUGAUGAUGAAGAUGCAGCCUUGAUUGCCGACUAUGAAUCGAUGGCCGCAAUGUGCUGCAAGGAGACAGUGACCUUGCUGCCACAUACAACGCAUACGCAGAAUGAACGAAUCACAGAGCAACCUGAGAGCCGUUUUGUGGCAUCCGUGAGAGAGCAGCCAGCAGUAGCGUAUUUUUCCACGUAUGGCACUUGUGGCAUACUUGACACAGGUCUGGGUCUCAAGAUUGCAAUCGUGCCUGGUGAAACACCUCUGCUGCUGUCCAACACACUCCUGAGGACUCUCAAAGCCAGUUUGAACAGCGAGCAUCACACGUUGUCCAGUCCUUUGUUGAACCAAGUUGUCAGACUUAAGCUGAGUCCCAGAGGCAUGAGCCUGUCCAGCCGCUUAGAGCGAGUGAUGAACCGCACUCCCACCGAGAACAUCAAGGAGUUCCGACAGCUGGACUUGGAAACCAUGAGCCAACAUCGCAUCACCUUGGGUCGCACUCACGUCGGGAAAACCUUUGCAGAGAUGUGGGAUCAGGAAAAGUCAUGGACGAAAUGGUUUGCCAAGACUUACGCCAGCAGCACCAAGCCCGAGCAUCUGAAAGUACUGGCAUAUCUGGAAAAGGUGUUGGAUCAGUACGAGGAGAGCCAUGGCAUGGUGCCUCUGAAGAAUCCCGAAGAUCUGCAAGGGGUGGUGUUGCCCCGAUCCAAGUGCAUGCCAAAGAGCAAGGCCAUGCCGGCACAUCAAGUGCCUGUGGAGGUGAUCGAGGAGAUUGCGGAUCCGAACGAUCCGUGGGAUGUCAUGGACUACACAGCACUGCAACAGGACCAGACCAACGAGAUGAUCGAGGCACUCCAAGCUCGUGUACUGAACAUGGAAGGUGCCAUCAGCGAGAUCUUAGGAGCCAAGAGAAGCUCCAUUUCUGCCGGUGUCCCAAGUGCCAAACGGGCAAAACUGAAAGAAGGUAGCAUCAAAAGUGUCUUGAUCAACACAGAAAUGUUGCCGUCCAAACGUAGGAAGUGGAACCAGCUGGACCUAGCCAAUCUGCGACCUUGGAUGGGUCAUCCGGAGAUGCUGCAAUGCCUGAACCAAUGCAUCCGAUGCCAAGCCCAGCCAGAUCAGGAUCCCAAGAAACAGCAUCCGAGAGUUGCGAGCCACGCCAAGUCGAUCUGA